CCCCAGAGGGGUUGAGGGGGGGACGGUUGAGGGCUGUCUCCUCCCCUUUUGUUGCGCUCAGUUCUUGCCUUGGGAAGACUGGCUCCUCCGUCCAGGCUCGGGAACCGGAGUGGUGGUGGCGCCGCUGUGUGUGUGUUGAUGUAGGGGGGAGCGCGGAUUCGCUCGGGUGAGAGAAAGAAAGACAGAGAGGAGCCGCCGAGCGGUACCCGCUUGCCAGCAUGUCUUCCAGCCCCACCGUCAACUACGUGAAAUGCAUAGUGGAGCAGCUGAAACUCGAGGCCGGCGUGGAACGCAUCAAGGUCUCUCAGGCAGCUGCAGAGCUUCAGCAGUAUUGUAUGCAGAAUGCUUGCAAAGAUGCUUUGCUCGUUGGCAUUCCGGCUGGAAGCAACCCAUUUCGAGAGCCCAGGUCCUGCUCCUUAUUCUGAAGACAGGGAAGGUUUUCUGAAAGUCCUCAAGAAGAAUCCCAGCGGUCUUCCUUGUUUUCCAAGCCAACAGUUUCUUUAUGUAGGGCUUAAACAGUUUCUUUAGAUAUUUAUUAGUCUGCCUGACUGUCUUAGUAAAUGGUUAAACCUUUUGCUAAUAUAAAGCAUUUUAUAAGGAAAAGCUUUUCCUUUUGUAAUUGA